AUUACUUAAUGAGGGAACGAUUUGCAACAUCUUAUCUAAAACAAUUAUUGAAAUGAUCCGUCAUUCAAUGUUUAUUAGUCUUCUUCCUCUCAAGAUCGUCCUUUUCUUUUGUUUCUUUUUCGUCGUCCCUUUGUUAGUUCUUCCCUGAUUAUUGAAUUCUUGCAAAGAGUCCAAAACCAAUUCAAGAUGGCUCUAUGCAAACGCAACAGAUCAUUCUUGAAAAAAAAUUUAAAAGCCAUCCAGCAAACAUUAUUUCUAAAAUUAGCUCAUUGUAUUUAAUUACAAGAAUUAUCUGUUAGUUUACGAAAUUGGCCUUUGCAAUUUUGAAAAAUGACAAGCUUUGCCCUUACGGCAUUGCUAGGGUUGAGGUUGUUGCAUUCUAUCUUUGAUUUGAAAUUCCAUUUUUGAGCUGCCGCGUUUUAUUUUCCUCUUUAUGGAGUCGUCAACGAAGACAGUCUCUUCGCUGAUGAACCACUGAAACCUCGCCGACUCUCUUCGCCUCCUCCCACACCGCACAAGUUCAUUAACACCAUUCCUUCCCUGAUUAUUGAACUCUUGCAAACAAGCAGAAUCAUUACAAAAAUGGAUGAUGAAAUGGACAAAGAAACCAUUUCAGAUGAUAAACAAGCAGAAGCAGAAGCAGCGUUACAAAAAAAGCACUUAUCAAUGCUAGAGCGUCUCUCCAAACGCCAACAAACCCGUUCUAUCAACAUCGAACCUUCCACCGAAUCAACUUCUUCCUUCCUCUCACGUUUCACUCAACUUAAAUCCUCUAUCGAAUCUCGCCUCUCCGAAUCCCAAUCCAUUUCCUCCGAUCCAUCUCAACUCAAACCGCAUUUCGAUAAAAUCUCCGAAUCAAUCUCCGAUUUAGAAAAAUUCGUCGCUCAAAGCUCCUAUUUCCUUCCCUCUUACGACGUUCGAUCUUCUCUUAAAACUGUCUCCGAUUUGAAACGCAGCCUCGAAAACCUAAGCUCCGAACUCAUCCCUAAAAAGAAAUUCUCGUUCAAGAACAAAGUCAGUAAGAAAGAUUCAGAUUCCGUUAUUCCAGAAUCCAAACAACCAAUAGUUCCUGUUCGAGAUUCGGUCCAAUCGAGUGAAAGCUUCGCGGCACGUGAUUCUCCAGGGUUUAGGAACAAAUUCGGUGAGGUAUUGGUUGGGGAGUUUAGCGAAACGGAGGUUGGGGAAUUUACAGUUUCGGAUCUCGAUUCAUGUGAAGUGAGAAUAAUUGGAUGCGUUAGGGCGCUAUUUGUUCAUAGAUUGAAGGAUUGUAGGGUUUAUGUUGGGCCGGUGACGGGAUCGGUUCUAAUUGAUGAAGUUGAGGGUUGCGUUUUUGCUAUGGCAUCGCAUCAGAUUCGGAUUCAUCGUGCUAGGAGAAGUGAUUUCUACCUUAAGGUUAGGAGCAGACCUAUAGUGGAGGAUUGUAGCGGCAUGAGAUUCGCGCCAUAUUGUUUGAGUUACCGAGGGAUUGAAGAGGAUCUUUCAUGUGCUGGUCUUGAUGCUGAGACAGGAAAUUGGGCCAAUGUGGAUGAUUUCAGGUGGCUGCGUGCGGUGCAGUCUCCGAAUUGGUCGAUUUUGCCGGAGAAUGAGAGGGUUGGGACUGUUGAUAUAUCUAAUGCGGACAGUAGGAUGGAGGAAAUUUGAUUUGAGUUGUAGAGUUGAUGUUAUUUACUAAACAGGUGGAAGAAUUUGAAAAGGCAUGAAGAACUCAAGCUUUUUAUCACAAUUUGUUGCUACUGCCUCCUCCUCCGCCACCCAUGCUUCUGCUGCGCCUUUGCCUGCGGCUGUGCCUGCGCCAACAUUGGGUUUAAAUCAGUCGAUUUGGAUUAGAUCCGAAAUUAAAUGAGUGAGUCAAAAUCCAAAUUAGGUUGGUUUGAGUUGCGUGUUUAUCUGUAUCAAUGAACACCCCAAUUGUAAUGAUUUUUAUUUUUUUUAUUUUUAUAAAUGGCAACUAAUGUUGACAAUAUUGAAUUAA